GCUAGCCUAUCAGAGGCCAGGCUGGGAGGGGCGGGCACGCCUUUUAACCAAUAGGACGGCCCGAUAGCUAAGCCGCCGCGCUGUUGGCUCGUGGAGGCUGUUGGAAAGACCGUGGCAAUUUGAAAUCGAGCUGUUGGUGCUGAGAGAGCGGUGGCGUCUGAUCAUGAUAUAGAUUUUUCACAAAAUUGAGCAAAAUGAGUUGGGUAGUGGAAGAGUGGAAACAGGGCUUGCCCACAAAGGCGCUCCAGAAGAUACAGGAAAUUGAAACUCAGUUGGAUAAACUCAAAAAGGAACGCCAACAGCGACAAUUUCAACUAGAAUCCCUGGAAGCUGCACUAUUGAAACAAAAGCAAAAGGUAGAGAAUGAGAAGACUGAAACCAGUGCUCUGAAGCGUGAACACCAGAACCUAAUCGAAUCAUGUGAAAAUCUUGAGAAAAUCAGACAGAAAAUUUCCCAUGAUCUGCAAGUGAAGGAAUCACAAGUUAAUUAUCUGGAAGGACAGCUUGCAUCAAACAAGAUACGGAUGGAUAAACUUGAGCAAGAGAACAAGAGAAACAAGUCGGAACUUGAACGAAGCCAACAGACUGUAAUGCCAGGGGAUGCACAGUCUAGAACACCACAAAGAAAUCUCUCCAGACCUGUGACACCAACUAAGAAUAUCGCUGGAAAGCUCGAUCCAAAACUAGAGGAACUGCAGGAACAAUACAAUAAAGAAGUGGAAGAAAGAAAGCGACUGGAAACUGAACUGAAAACAAUUCAGACCAAGUUGUCUAACCAGACGCAGCCUCAAAGCACCACUGGCCAUCGGAAUAUGGCACAUCAGCGAUCCUCUUUUGUAUUUCCAUGGCAACAAGAACAAACUCCAAGUCACCAAACCUCUCAUUCACUAGAAACCCCAAUGAAGAAGGGUAUUGCCAUGAAUUUUCAAUGGGACCAAGAAGAAACUCCCUUGACGCAUUGUCCCAAAUCACUGCAAAAGACUACACACUCAACAAGCUGGAUUAAUAACAGUGUGGACACCUCUAAGCAGGAGGACCAACUGAAAUUACAAAAUCAAGACCUGCAAACUAAAGUUUCUGAUCUGGAAUUUCGACUUAAAACUCAGGAGAAAGAAAUCAAAAAUCAUCUGAAUAAACUUCAUGAAAUCCAAUUCCAGUUUGAUAAAGCUAAAGUAGAUCUUUCAGAGAAAGAACAAAAACUCAGUAAGUCCAGAGAUGAAUUGACCAAGGUAACUGCACAGUGUGAACAAGCCAGUACAAAGUGUCUGAUGGUUGAACAAAAGCUGAAGCAGGUAUCUGAUGAAUUGAGUUGUCACAGACAAAAUGCUGAAAGUACACGACGCAACAUGGAACAGAAGUUAAAAGAUAAGGAAAAGGAUUUCCAACAGGAGCUUUCUCAUCAACAACACUCCCUGCAGAGCCUGGAUCAACAAUUCAGCCAAAUGAAAAAUAAGCUGAACCAGGAGUUACAGCAAGCCAAAAAUGAUUAUAGUGCUCUACAGUUGGAGAGUGAUAAAGUAACAGCACACAAACAAAAACUAGAAAGAGAACUGGAUGAAAUCAAGCAACAAUUAUCUCUGUCUAACCAAAUGCUAAAGGAAAAUCAGACAAAGGAAAAUGACUUGAAAAAAAAACUCGAAAGUAUUCAGGAAGAAAGAAACUGCCUGAGCAACAAGCUUAAUCAGAAUUCUACACAAAUUCACCAACUGGAAGAUGAAUUAAAGAAGACCAAACAGGAUUUUAAUCGCUCUUGGAAUUUUGGGGAAGAGAUGAAAAGUAAGAACAGUGCUCAAGAAGCUGAGAUAAAAAGUCUACAACACAAUUUAGAUGAACAAAGCAAGUCAAUGUGUAUAAAUAUGGAAAAGUUGAAACAGGCACUUGAUUCUGCUUGUAAGGGUAUGAAAGAGAAAGAAAAAAGCAUGGAACAGCUAAAUAUCAAAGUUCAAAAAAUGGCAAAUGAAAUUGAAGAACUAGAAAAAAAUAUACAUCUAAAAGAAAAGGCAUUUCAAGAACUAAAAGAGGAAAGUAAUUCCCUGGCUCAGUGGAAGAUGGAAAAUAUGCAUGUUAUGAAUGUUUUUCAAUGUGAAAAGGAGGUGAUGAAUAACAAAAUUAAAGAAUUAGAACAUAAUCUCGAAAUGAGUUUGAAAAAAAAUCAAGAACAUGAGCAGAAUCUCGAAGUUCAUCAGCACAAAAGUGAAAAGCAAGCAGAAAAACUUAGGUCAGUUGAGGAUGAAAAAGAGAAUUUGCAAUGCCAGACUGAUGAUCUCAAGCAAAUUCUAGACAGCAAAACUUCUGAGUUAGAAACACAAAGGCAAUCUUUUGAAGAAUUCAUGAAAGAAGCAAAGCAGCAAGAGCAAAAGAAUGGAAAGGAAAUAGAAAACCUGAACUUGAGCAUUUCUGAGCUCACAGCACAGAUAGCUGAACUGGAGAAAAAUUUGCAACAAGAAACAAGCAAAGUUAUGAAACUUGAAGAGUCUCAGUGUGCAUUGAUUGCUGAUUAUGAAAAUGUCAGUAAUCUGCUGAAGUCAAAAGAGUGCUUAAUUGAACUUAAAGAAACAGAAAUUUUGAGUUUGAAGGACAACAUUUUGCAAACCACAAAUAAUCUUGAAGGAAAGCUAGCUAAAGUUGAAGCAGAGAAAACGCAUGUAAUGCAGGAGUAUGAAAAGGUUUUACUUGACAAACUUGAAAUUGAAAAUAUAAACUUAACAUUAGAAAUUUACCAACAUGAUAUUUCCAUCCUCAAGGAGCAGAUUACUUCUCAAGAAUCUUUACUGAAUCUUGAGAAACAACAACGAUCUGAGGUUGACAAAAAAUGUGAAGCUCUAUUAAAACAGAGAGAAGAACUUGAAGAAAAAAUUGAGGAGAGGGAAAAGGAAUAUGUUGAUUUGCAAACAGAAAUGGAACAAGAAAUUCAUCAGCUGAAACUGCAACAUGAUGGAGUAUUGCAAGCUACUUUAGAUGAGAAAAAUAAAUCUAUUGAAAAUAUUGCACAAGAACUUGAGACCAGUGCAAGUAAUUUGAAAUGUAUGCAGGUAGCCAAUGAAGAGUUAGAAGCAAAGCUUGAAGCUUGUCUUUUGUCUGAGAAGUGCAUUCAGGAAAAAGAGGAGUUAAUUAGUUUGAAGGAAAAAGAACUCAUACAGCUCUCUAAGAAGAAUGAAGAACUAAAAAAUUCCAACAAUUCUUUGAUGCAGGAAAAUAUAGAGUUGAACAAAGUGAAUUCUAGUUUCGCUGAUGAAAUGAAAAGAAAUGAAACAAUAUUACAAGAACUGACUAAAAAAUAUGAAGAAGAAGCUGUUACUAAAGAAAAUACACUCAAAGAUCUUAAAACUCUAUAUGAAGAACUAAGUGCAAAUCAAAGAUUACUGCAGAACACAGUCGCAGAGAAAGAAAGUGACACUAAGAAAUUGCUAGAGAAGAUAAUUGAGAAGGAAACUAGGGAAGCUGAGUUAAUGCAACAGUAUGCUGCUUUAGAAGAAGAAUUAAAACAUCUUCGUGAAAAAUGCAAUGCUUUAGAAGAAAACAAAGACUUUUUGGAAAUGCAGUUGCAUGAGAGAUCACAAGAAUUAUUGAUGAGAAAUACAGAAGCUGAGGACCUGCAAAGAAAACAUACUGAGCAUUCCAUGGAAUAUAAUGCCAAAAUUCUAGACUAUGAGGAAAGGAUUAAAACCAUGCUUGAAGAAAUAGAUGGUUUCAAGUUACAGCUGCAGAAGAUGGAAGAAAUUGAUCAAUUAAAAAAAGAACUUGUUGAAUCACAUGCAAGACAAAACAAAAUACUGGAAGAUCACAAUGAAUUGCUGCAGGAAAAAGAACAAUUAGCGCAUCUGAUAACAAAGAAAACUGAAAAAGAAACAAUUUUUACAACUAAAUUAGAAAAGCUUGAAAAUGAUUUGAUAAGAGUGCAGUCUGAAAAUGUUAACCACUGUAAGUUGAUUACAGAGAAAGAUAUUAUUUCAGAACAAUUGAAAGACACGGUCAUUACAAAAGAAAUUGAACUUCAGAAAAUUCAAACUCGACUUCAGCUUCUGCAGAUGGACCUUGAAGAUAAAGAGGCUUCUUUAGAGUCUUAUAUUUCUCAAGUAGAACAAAUGCAAAGUGAGAUUAGUAGUGUGGAGAGUAAGUUUCAGAAUAGUGAGGGGAAUAGGAUUCUUCUAGAGAAGGAAUUAAGUUCAAUGCAGACAGAGAUGGAAAAUAUGCAUUUGAAAUUAAAUGAAAGCAAGAACCAAGAAUCAGCUUUGCUGGAACAAAUAACACUGCAGAGGCAAACAACUGAAGAGCUGCAAAGUGAAUUUGAUAAACAAAAAAUGGAUCUUGAUUAUCUCCAUUCCUUGCAAAUCCAGCUUGCUGAAAACCAAGAAUCAGAAAGGCAAUGCAAUCUGAAAGACGAGGAGAUAAAGGAACUUCAAAAGAAGCUGUGUCAGACUGAAAUUCGUAUCAGUGAUUUAAUGAGUCAAAAUAGUGAUAUUGCAUCAAAAAUGACUUCUCAACAACAGGAGCUAAAAGCACAAAUGCAAAUUACUUUGAGUAAUAUGGAGGUUGCACUGCAACAGAGUGAGGAGCAAAGAGCUCUUCUGCAGAAAGACUUCAGUAAGGUGCAGUCUGAAUUAUCAGCUAUGAACUUGUAUGUCUUUGAAAGCAAACGUCAUAAUGAAUCUUUGAUGGAAGAGAUAACUCUACAAAGGAAAACUAAUGAGGAUCUAAAGAACGAACUUGAAAAAAGUAAAGAACAGGAAACACAUCUCACCUCAAUGGUGUCUGAGUUACAGUCUCUUAUUGCAGCUUUGGAAACUGAAAAAGCAUUGCUGUUGAGUAAAGUAGAUUUAACAAACAAUAGUGCUGAUCUUGAUACUCAAGAGUGCAAAGUCGUAAAAGAAGUAAUGAUUGCAUCCCUGGAAUGUAGGCAUCAAAACAUUUCAGAAGAGAAAGAGGUGGCUGACAUUAUUGAGAAUCAUUCAUCAGAUAAAAUGAAAACCCUUUUGAAUGCAAUUGAAAAUUCACCCAACUCUAUUGUAAGUGACCAAACAACCUUUUCUGUUGAAGAUGAUCACCUGAAAAUGAAACCUGUGGAACUGGAACCUUGUUCUGACUCUUCUGACCAGUCUAUUACAUUACUUAGAGAACAACUUCAAAAACAGAAAGAGGCUGCAGAUCAAGAAACCUGGGAACUGCAUCAAACCUUAACUGCAACAAAGCAAGAACUUGAAUUUCUGAAAAAAAAACACUCAUCUGAAAUUGAAGAAUGGCAGUUGAAGUUGACCAAUCUAACAACUGAGAUGGAAAUAAAGUUGGCUGCACAGAGGCAGCAAACUGAGCAGCUGUCUGCAGAAUUAGAAGGUGCGAGAGUUCAGCUUCAAUCUCUGGACCUCAGUUCCCAGUCAUUGCUGUUUGCUAGCUCUCAUUCCAAAGAGAGUACUCCGCAUAAGUUGAAGCAUACUGAUUCAAAAGAACGUCAAACAGAGGUAAUGAUCAUCACUGAUCAAAUGGGAUCUGUUACCAGACAAAAUGUGUCCCUUGACUCUAAUGUUCAAAGGGAGAAACAACCCAGUUUACAAUCUGACAAAACAGGAGAAAGUCCUGUAUUUACCAGAGACUACACCAUCUACUUUAAUGAUGCUAAGAAUGUAAGCAACGACAUUGAUAAUGAACUGAAUGAAAGCAACACAGAACAACAGCGCAUAGCUGAAUCAACACAUUUAGAUAAUGAUGAAGUUAGUGUCCCGGUGGAACACCAAUCAAUCCAUGAAACCUUUGUUGGAUCUCAGUUACAAUUGGACCAGGAGUCUGGCCAAGCUCUUCAUCUUCCAAAUGAUGAAAAUAAGAAAAUAACUGAAGAACUACUCCAUGAGAUAGAGAAUUUGCAUAGCAAGCUAAAUACCAGUCAAAAAGAACUAUUUAAUAAAACCACUGUUUACACUGAGUUAGAAAAGAAAAUGCUAAUGUUUGAAGAGAAGGAGCUCCAACUAUGUAAUGAAUUGAAGUCUUCUGCUGUUGAAAAUCAAAAUCUUCGAGACAAAGUAAACAGUUUGGAAGAGGAGCUCAGCAAUAUUACAUUACAGUUGAAAGUGGAUAAAGUUAAAUUGCCUGAUGCAACCAAGAUGUUGGAGAGUUCAGAGAUGAAUAACACAGACAGGAGUGAGCAAUUCCUUGAACUAGAAAAUGAACUGAAGCGAGCAAAAUCAGAUAAAGCUAACCUGGAAAAACACAUCCUUGAAAUGGAAGUUGAUCUGGAUAAGUUACAAAUCAGAAAGCAAUUGUUAGAAAAAGAACAUGAAUCAAGUCAAAGGACCAUUUCCAUUCAGGCAGAAAAGCUGUCUGAGCUUGAAACCGAAAAUAAUGAGUUCAUUCAGGAGAUUAGUACUCUAGCGGAGACAAAUAAUGAAUUGGAGCAAACUAGUAAAAGGCUAAAGGAAAAAGUUCAAGAGCUUGAAGCAGAGAAAAUCUACAAUUUUAAUACAAUCCGGGUGCUUGAAGCUGAACUGAAGAAACUAACCAGUCAGCGACAAGCUCUUACCGAACAAAUGGAGAAAAAUUCAAAGGAAAAGGAAAUCAUAAUCCAGGAAAUUGAUUGUUUGGAAAACAAUUCAGUUUUGGAUAGAGAAGGAAAGGAGAAAUUAGAACAAGAACUAAAUCAGCUGAAGAAGGAAAACAUAUCCACUCUGGAACAAAUUGAAGCUCUGCAGAGCAAGCUUAAUGCAGUAGAGCUUGAAAAGUUGAAACUACUCCAGUCUUUGGAGUUCUCUAAAUCAGAAAAAAGUGAAGUUGCAGCGAGGUUAAAUUCCACCGAGGCAGAAGUAGCUGAAAUGCGGCAUGCUAUUGAGAAACUUAAAGUGCGCAUUGAAGUAGAUCAUAAUAAACAUCAACAUAUGGCUGAAAAACUUAAAAUCAGUGAACGAAAAACAGACUCCCUUCAAGACAAGGUUGAAGCACUUGAACGGGAGCUUCAGACCUCCGAAGAAAAUAUGGAGCAAAUGGUGUUAGAAGCUGAAACUGCAAAGGAGCAGGUUGAAAUAUUAAAGGAAGAGAAGGAAAUGAUUACUGAAAAUACGAAGCGAUUGAAAAUGGACCUCAAUGCCAUCAACUCUGAGAAACAAGCUUUAGAGAAGCAACUGCAAGAAAGUCAGGAAAAAUUAGAAACUGAAUGCUCAAGUUUGGCAAGAAAUUCUGAAGCAUCUGAAAAUGAAAAAGUCAAAAUGACUGAAGCCUAUGAAAAUUCUGUUAGUGAGCUGCAGUCUCACAUUAGCCAUUUAAAUGAAAAGAUGAAAAUCUGCCAAGAAAAGUUGGAAAAAUUGAGAGAAAAUGAGAGAAAUUACCUCAAUCAAAAUUCACAUUUAGAAUGCGAAAAUAUUCGCUUGACCAACCAACUUUGUAAAGCUGAUGAGUUAAAUGUGGAGCUACAAUCUACAAAUACAAUACUGAGUAAAGAUCUUCAAAUAAUUCAACAUCAGUUGAAUAUGCAUACAGAAGAGAAAGAGAAACUUCAGCAACAGAUUAUAGAUCUGGAGCAAUUGAAGCAGAAAAAUUCUAUGGAUUUGAGUAAUUUGCAUAUUGACACGGAGAAUUUAAAGAGAGAAAUGAACAACUUGCAGACAGCAGCAGUGAAAUCUCAGCAAGAAGCACAAGAUUUGACAUCUAGACUAACAAUAAUGCAAAACAUGAAGGAAAAUUCUGAGAAGCAGCUACAAAACGAACUACAGGUUGCACAAUUGCAAACUACUACACUUCUUGAUCAGGUUCAUGAUCUUACAGAGAAUAACCGUAAGCUGCAAGAUGAUUUGUCCGUGGCCAGUGAAAAGGUUCAGAAAAUGCAGCAGGAAUUUGAUGCAGAGAAGAAUUUGAUCUCAGCACAACUUGAAGAAUUCAGGAAUCAGACAGAAAGCAUUAAGUUGCAGCUAGAAAUCUGUGAAUCAGAAAAAUACAAGUUAGAAAAGGAUGUUGAAUAUUUUCAGAAUGAACUACAGAUCACUGAUGUCCUAAAAAAGGAACUAGAUGAACAUAAACAAAGACUAAAAUGCAUUCAAGGAGAACAUCAAGCUGUGCUUAAAGAUUUACAGGAUCAGCAUGAAGUUCAAGUACAGUCAUACCAAAAGAAAAUGGUCGAAAUGGAAUUACAGUUUACUGCACAAGACAUGGAAAUCAAAAAGAUAAAGGCUGCAAAAGAAGAAAUCAAUGUUGCAUUUAAGGAUGCUAUCUGCAAGGUAAAUGAUCUGACAGAGAAUAAUCGUAAACUGCUGGAUGACUUAACUAGAGCCAAUGAAAAGAUUCUGAAAAUGCAGCAGGAAUAUGAUGUGGAGAAGAAUUUGAUUUCUGCACAACUUGAAGAGUUUAGAAGUCAGACAGAAAGUUUUAAGUUGCAGCUAGAAAUUUCUCAAUCGGAAAAAAACAAGUUAGAAAAGGAUGUUGGAUAUUUUCAAAAUGAACUUCAGAUCACUGAUGUCCUCAAGAAGGAUCUAGAUGAACAUAAACACAGAUUAAAGUGCAUCCAGGAAGAGCAUCAAGCUGUGCUUAAAGGUUUACAAGAUCAGGUAAAUGAUCGGACAGAAAAUAAUCGUAAACUGCAGGAUGACUUAACUAUAGCCAAUGAAAAGAUUCUGAAAAUGCAGCAGGAAUAUGAUGUGGAGAAGAACUUGAUUUCUGCACAAUUUGAAGAGUUUAGAAGUCAGACAGAAAGUUUUAAGUUGCAGCUAGAAAUUUCUCAAUCAGAAAAAAACAAGUUAGAAAAGGAUGUUGGAUAUUUUCAAAAUGAACUUCAGAUCACUGAUGUCCUCAAGAAGGAUCUAGAUGAACAUAAACACAGAUUAAAGUGCAUCCAGGAAGAGCAUCAAGCUGUGCUUAAAGGUUUACAAGAUCAGCAUGAUGUUCAAAUGCAGCUGGAUGAAAAAAGAUUGGCUGGAAUGCAGAAACAGCUAACUGAACAAGAAAUAGAAAUGAACAACCUAAAAGCUGCAAAAGAAGAAAUAAAUGUUACCUUAAAAGAUGCCAUCUGCAAGGCAGAUGAACUGCAAAAAUCUAUGGCUAAGCUAAAAGGAGACAAAGAAUGUGCUCAAAAUAAACUACUACUCUGGAUGAAAAGCUGUAAGCAGCUUGAACAUGAAAAGGAGUCACUGAAGAAACACAUUCAGCAACAAGAGGAGCUAAUUGCACAACUACAAAAAAACCCAAAACUAGAUUCACAGAUAGAUGACCAAACAACUGAGGUGGAGAAACUAAAAGAGGCACUAGAGGAAAAAACAAAAGAAGCUGACGAAAAUAUGGAGAAAUAUUGGAACCUGAUUAAAAGCAGCCACAAACUGCAGGAGGAAAAUGAAAUGUUAAAGAGCAGGGUGGUCUUCUUGAGCAAUAAAUUCCAACAGUCAAAUGCUCAAGAUGAGAAUGGUAUUGCCGAACAAGUUGCUGUACCAAGAUCACUUGUACACAAGUGUGAAAAGAAGUCACCUGGUCAGUCCAAGAGUCAGCAAAAAUAUCUGAAGUCUCCAAGUGUGUGCAAUAUUGCAGAUCAGACCAUGGAUGCUCCAUUGGAAUUAGUUGGAAACAAAAGUCACCAAAAGCGCCCAGAUGCUCAAUCAAACCUUACUGCAAAGAGAGUAAGGGGAGCAGAAUCUAAGGAGGAACGAGAUAAAUUGAAAUCAGAAGCUUUGCAGAAUUCUGCAAAGAGGACAAGAAGUGAUAAAGAGCAUGAGAAUAUUUUAAGGCCUGUUGCAAAAGAUAAAUCUCCAUCAGAACCAGAGGGUCUUCCACAUAUUGUUAAAAAGGGUUUUGCAGACAUUCCCACUGUAUCACACAGCCCUUACAUACUGCGAAGGACAACCUUACUCAACAGAGCUAGUUCCAGCCUUGCAGUUCAGAGCAGAAUAUCUCCCUAUAGGCAGAUGCAACAUAAGGGAGUUGUGCAAAUCUGCAACAAGUCGGAGACAAUAGCAGAAAGCAGUCCUGUCGAGCAGCAAUCAGCUGAAUUUCCAGCAUUGCAUCUGGAUUCAGUACCAGUUAUGGCAGAGCCACCUCUAUCAUCAUUAACAAACAGUGCAAAGAAAAUGGGCUUUAUUACUAAUGAUGGGAAGCGAUCAGAAAAAAGUAGGUGCCCAAUGAAUACACAGAAAUUUAUGGAACAAAAGAAACAUUCCACCAAACAGAUUACUCUGAGUGAAGAAAAUGAAAAUUGCAAAGUACAGUGAACAAAAACAUAGUAGAAAUAGGACAGUACUAGCAGGUGAACUCUGUUAUAAAAUCUUCUGCAGUUGUUCUGGAGGUACAAAAUGGAAAUACCAAAGCUGAUUAAAGUGCACAAAGUACAGUGAUUUACAGAGAGUAAAUGAUUGUAUGUUUCCAGUAAUAAUGCCAACUAUCUCAUAUAAAACAGAUUUAAAGCAGUAAAAUUUCCUCUGUAAAGAUGCAGCUUAGUAAUAUUACAAAAUAAUUAAGAUUACUGUUUGCAGGAAACUGACACUUUUGUACAUUAUUUCUUUUCUAAACUAUUCUAUUAAUCCUGACUUCAAUUUUCUGUAAAAUAUUGGCAGCUCCCUAGUGUCUCGUAAGUUACUUUUUUGAGUUGGGGACCUUAUUCGGUCAUCCCAGAAGCCACUAAUUUGAAUAAUUCAGAAAAAUCUUUAAAUGUGCUGUGAUUUUGUAACAAGUCAGUUUUUUCAUAGGCCUAAUUUUGUGUUCUGAGCUUCCAGUCUGUGUUUGUAGGGUAAGGUUUCAUAACCAGUAACAGCCUUUAUUCAGUACAUGAGAAAAUAUUAAUGUACUAUGAUUGGUUUU